CUCUCUCUCUCUCUCUGCUCUCUCAGAUAGGCAGUGCAGACGUGGGCAGCGUGUGGGGGUAUAGGAAGAGGAGAGAGAGAGCGGGAGGGUACAUAGUAGAGUGUGUGAGGCUGUCAGACAGCAUGGUUCAGGUCUGAGGAAGACACAGCUACAGACUUCAGAUCUCCAUGUAGAACACUGUGGGGACAUCCACACAUCACCUGGACCUGUCCACUCAGGGCAACACCCACCUCUUCCAGGAAGGCAAAGGAAAGAGGGAAAGGAGGAGGAGGACAAGGGGGGAGGGUCUGUUCAUCUUCUUUUUUUCUUUUCUUAGUUUUUUUGGUUUUGGGAGUGGGCUCCGGACUGGACCGCAUGCAUGACACAACGCAAAGGCGAGAAACCCACCAUCAGCAUCCAGGAGCACAUGGCCAUUGACGUGUGCCCUGGCCCCAUCCAGCCCAUCAAGCAGAUCUCAGACUACUUCCCCCGUUACCCUAGGGGCCUCCCCCCUUCUGCACCAACCCCCAAAGCGGGCCAAACUGGGCCCCAGAGCUCUGCCCCUUCCUCCUCCUCGGCCGCCGCCUCUGCCACCGAAAGUGACCGCCCCAAUGAGGAUAAACCGGACCGGGCUUCUGCCGGAGCCUCCGCCUCCUCGCAGGCCACCAGGAGGGACGAGGAGCCGGAUGUGGAGGGAUACGACUCGGAUGACUCCACUACAUUGGGCACCUUGGAGUUCAGCUUGCAGUACGAUCAGGAGAACAAUGCACUGAACUGCACCAUUAACAAAGCCAAGGGGCUCAAGCCGAUGGAUCACAAUGGGCUCUCUGAUCCCUAUGUCAAGUUGCACCUACUGCCAGGAGCCAGCAAGGCCAAUAAACUUCGAACCAAGACCCUGCACAACACACUCAACCCCGUCUGGAGCGAGACCCUGACCUACUACGGCAUCACAGACGAGGAUAUGGUCCGCAAAACACUCAGGAUUUCAGUGUGUGAUGAGGACAAAUUCCGACACAAUGAGUUCAUCGGAGAAACUCGAAUCCCCCUCAAGAAGCUGAAGCCCAACCAAAUCAAAAACUUCAACAACUGCCUGGAGAAACAGUUACCUGUCAACAAGACGGAAGACAAAUCCCUGGAGGAGCGGGGACGCAUCAUGAUCUCUCUCAAGUACAACACCCUGAAGUCCUGCCUGGUGGUUGGCAUCAUUCGCUGUGCUCACCUCGCUGCCAUGGACGCCAACGGCUUCUCAGACCCCUACGUCAAAACGUAUCUGAAGCCUGACGAGAACAAAAAGUCAAAGCACAAGACGGCUGUGAAGAAAAAGACGCUCAAUCCAGAGUUCAACGAGGAGUUCUGUUACGACAUAAAAUAUGCAGACCUUACCAAAAAGACCCUGGAGGUGACCGUGUGGGACUACGACAUUGGGAAGUCCAAUGAUUUCAUCGGUGGAGUGUCUCUGGGUAUCAAUGCAAACGGAGAGCGGCUCAAACACUGGUUUGACUGCCUUAAAAACAAGGACAAGAAAAUUGAGCGCUGGCACACGUUGACCAAUGAAUUACCCGGCUCAUUAAAUGACUGAAGACCCUCAUUCUGUCCUCAAACCUGUUGGCCCUCCAUCCCCUCUAUGGCUGCACCAGAUCGCACUCCUGCCUUUAUUUUCCCAACCUCCGAACUCUUCUUCUCUGGGUUCUCCUUACGUUGGCCUCAGCGACCUGUGACACCUCUUUGGGAAUAUGUUUCCUUCUCGACAGGGCUCAUUCUGAAAUCUUUUGUUUGUGUUUGACAACACUUCACAUUACAGCUGCUCUUUUGUUUUCUUCUCCCAAGAAUAAUUCUCUCAAGAAUAAUUCUCUCAACAAAAUGAAUCACUGCAAUUGUUGUGUUGAAUAAUUUAGAUUCAUCAUUCAGUGAAGAUAAAAGGAACAAAUGCUUUCUUUUUGAUAAGACCUUUAACAGCAUUUAAACGGUAUAACAAUGAGUUACCAUUCCCUGAAACAGCACAAAGAGCCUUCAUACGGUCCUUUUCGGUGGUGAAAGACUGGAGAAUGUAACAAAGGAUGUAGCAGAGUUUUAUAUUGUUGGCGUAUGCAGAAAUGUUUGGAGAAACGGAUCUAAUCUUAUCAAGUAAACCACCAAUAUUCAGAUAAAAGAGUGUCACAGUGGAGCAGCAGGAUAACGAUA